CGUGAUUCUGGUGCCUGAAUCUUCUAUUGAUUAUCAAUUCACGAGGAGUGCCACCCAUAGUCAUUACACAGCCAGUUUCUUUCACUUUCCUUGAGCCUCCUGGGAGUUUUGCUUAUGGGAUGUGUGAUAGCGGUAUUAUUACUGGAUUGUAGCAGUGUGCAAUCCUUUGGUUUGGUGAACUGUUACGUCCUGCACUAAUAUAUGUAUCAGGAGGCGGUACUACGCUCCCCAAAGCCCCAUAGUGAUUUCUUAAAACUUUCUGUGCCCCCCUUUUUCUGACAGAAAUUUUCAACAUGCGGGAAAUCGACCCUCUCGUCUUUGAAUAUCAACAUGACAAGCACCGGCCCAGGGAAUCCGAGGCCUUGAUGAUGCUCAAAAAGAUCGCAUCGCUGGUCAAGCCCAUCAUGCGGCGGAGAGACUGGAAAGUAGGGACGCUCAGUGAAUUUUAUCCGCAGCAGCGAAAUUUACUUGGGCUCAAUAUAAACGGAGGUCUGAAGAUAUGCUUGCGACUGCGGCAGCCUUCUGAUGAGCGCCAGUUUCUCCCCCUUGAACACGUCGUCGAUACGAUGCUGCAUGAACUUUGCCACAUAGUACAUGGCCCCCAUAACCGAGAGUUUCAUGCUCUGUGGAACCAGUUACGCGAUGAGCAUGAAGAGCUUGUUAUGAAGGGCUAUACCGGAGAGGGGUUCCUUUCCGAUGGCAAGCGCCUGGGCGGCCGGAGAAUGCCUAUCCACGAAGCGCGGAGGCAGGCUAGAGCGGCCGCGGAGCAGAGACGGAUGCUAUCCGCUGGGUCGGGGCAACGACUAGGAGGUGCUACAGUACUACGGGGGGCGGACAUGCGCAGAGUUAUCGCUGAUGCUGCGCAAAGGCGCGUAGAGGUAACGACGGGAUGUGCUUCGGGAGCGGAGAACAGCAACGAACUCGCAGAAGAAGCAUCCAGAAACGGCUUCCGGACAAAGGCCGAGGAAGAUGACGCAAACGAACAGGCUAUCAUGCAGGCUUACAUUGAUUUAAUCGAGCAAGAGGAGAGAGAGAGGUACGGCCCUUCUUACGUUCCUCCAAGCCAGGAAAAUCCGGCUGGGCCUCGCUCAACUUUAUCUCCUCCACCUGUUCCCGAAAGCACCAGACCUACCCUGCCAUUCCAGCCUCAAGAACCGAUAGACCUUACUUCUGAUGACAGACUAUAUGAGGUGCCCUGGACAUGUCCGACUUGCACUUUAGAGAACCCGGCUACCUUUUUGUGCUGUGACGCCUGUGCGGCGGAGCGGCCACGGCCAUCUAAUACACAUUCUGUAUCUGGACGAGCCAAGAUCCCAAGCAGCUCAGCGUUCCAGAACAGGAACAAACGUCGGAUAAGCCCUUCGGCUAGUCAGCCCACAUUCAAAAACCGCACCAAUGCCAUUGAGGCUCUCACCGCGCUUGAGAGGAAUACUCCUAAACGGCCACUCGGAUGGAUCUGUCAAUUCUGCGAGACUUUUAUGGAGACAGAAUGGUGGACAUGCUCAAACUGCGGGACGGUGAAGGCAACCUCAUAAAGAAAACAAACAAAGUGAGCAUGCUCGCCCUCUACUACCGUCCUGCCUGCAGUGUGCCUAUCUCACGAUUUCACGAAAUAUAAUGAUGUACGAUGACUUUAUUGGACACUGGAACCUCCGAUUACUGUGAUAAUAGCAUUAUCUAAUUCAAUCCAUCAAACUAAAAAACAUCCACUUAUAGUUAUCCAUUCAUCAAUUGCAGUACUCGCAGCACUUCCAUGUACGGGACUAAGUUAACUUAUAUAGAUAGACAUGACUAAGCAAUGACUAAUUUAAAUUAUCGGCCCAUCAUUUCAC